AUGGCCUUGGUGGAUUACUCCGACUCGGAGUCAGACUCUGAAAGCGUCGCGCAGCCAGUAGCAAAGCCUGCUCCAGCAGCAGCCCCGUCCAGCAGUACGACAGCCAAGAAGCCUAUACAAAAGGUCGUCGACCGGUCGAAUCCGCGAAAAAUCGUCGUGAAUCUCGGCGCCGCCACAGCGCAAGAUGAGAGCAAGACAGAAAUGGGCAAUAACGAGCCACCUGCGAAGAGAGCUAAGACGGGUGGGGGUGUGUUUGGCGGCUUCGCCUCACUGCUUCCACCACCAAAGAACAGAGCGCAAAAGCCUGCACAGAGCAAUGGCACGAGCGGUGGUGCUAGCAGCAGUACAAAACCUCCUCCGCGCGUCGGUGUCAAUUUGAAGACUGGCGCCACCCCGGGAUUCAGUAGGAGCACCGAAGAUGAUGACGAGACCGAGGGUGGUGCUGGCAAACAACCCUCGAUACCCGAUGGACAAAAGGCUGCGGAGGACAUCACUCUCGUGGGCAAGCCUCUAAUGUUCAAGCCUUUGUCUGUAGCAAGGAAACCCAAGAAGAGUGUAGCAGCCAAGAUGGGAGCAGUGCCAAAGGCAGCGGCAGCAGCUCCUGCGAAUCCAUCACCGCAAACGGUAGAAGUCCAGUCUAGCGAAGAGCCGCCAAUGAAGAAAAAGAAGGUCUCACUCUUCUCUAUAACCGCUGAAAGCGACGAGAUCCCAGAUGUCGCACCUAGUAGCGGCGCAUACGAGCCCAUGUUCCCUGAAGAGUCGGGUACAGCUACAGACGACUUCGCAGCCUACGACGCGCAGUACUCCAGCUCAUUUGCAGACCCCGGAAGCUCAGCACCUGCCGCACCAAUAGCAACGACGAUGCAUGCCGACUCGCUGGAAUCCAUUGCCUCGGAUAUGAAUCUAGAUGCUACAGCUAGGCGGGCGCUCUUUGGACGUCGCGGCGUACCUGCGCCAACGCAAUCGGCAUCGAGAGUCAUCAAUUUCAAUACGGACCAGGAAUAUGCGCACAACGAGGAGCUGCGCGCCUCUGGAGAGCAACAGAUCUACAACCCUGUCCGGGCCAUUGCGCCUGGCAAGCACAGCCUGCGACAGUUGGUCAACCAGGUGCACAAUCAAAAGGAUGCUUUGGAAGAGAGCUUCGCAAAAGCCAAGACCAAUCAAAAAGAGGCAGGGCAACGAUACGGCUGGCGUUAA